CUUUAAUCCAUUGGACGACCAACAUUCACCCGAACUGUGAAAAUGACACUCUUUUAGUCCCUUCCCAGCCUAUGCCAAGGAUGCAAGGUGGGCUCUUGUCUGGGCCUUUCUUGGAUCUGCCUCCAUUCAUCAGGAGGAGGAAGAGGAGGAGGAGGAGGAGGAGCCUAUACGGAGUACGGCAUUUAUGCAUUUCUCUCGGUCUGUCUCUCUCUCUCUCUCUCUCUCUCUCGCUACUGCUCAAGUGUCUUUCUAUAAUUAAUUCUUUGGGUUGUUACUGAUAUGAAUAUAUGGAGUAGCUCGGCUGCCCCCUCUCUUGCUCCCCUCCCUGCGCCGUGGUAUCGAGGCGGAUCUCUUCCUCCCUUUGACGCUCUUUCUCUUUCUGUUCUAAUCCAGCUAUUCCCAGGUGGAUAUCGUUCUUCUCGGCACAUCCAGGCUACAACGUUGAUCCAUUCUUUCGGUGCUGGGCAGGUUUCGCUGACAUUCCUUUUCGUUUCUUCUCACGAGUCAUUUCUUCUGGCGGCUAUCUUCUUUCUCGCUUCCUUUCUCUCUCUUACUUUCGCUUUCUCUCAUUCAUUUCCUCUCGUCUCUCUCCCCUUAGUUUCUACCCGUCGUACACUCCUUUCUCAUGCCCUCGUGACUAAAUAAAAUCAUCUUUAUCUUGUCUGAUCUAUUGUACUCUUAAUCUCAUUUAUUUCCUUGCAUUACUCCUUGAUUUGAUUCCAGAUCGUGU